CUCCAGCAAACUGGAUGUUUCACUUUGAUUUUAUUUCACACAUUUCAUCGGAAGUUUUAUUUGAAGUAAAGCAGGUUUAAAAUGAACGAAGGAUUUGAAACCAACUUCACUCAACUGUACGAUAACUGGACAUAUUACAACUCCAGCCCAGAGAUUGUCCCGCCCAGAAACAACAUCACCUAUGUGGGAUUUUACCUGCACCCGCCCUCCACGGCUUCCAUCUUUAUCGUGUCCUACUUACUCAUUUUCCUGGUGUGUAUGGUCGGGAACGGAGUCGUGUGUUUCAUUGUGCUACGGAGCAAGAACAUGAGGACUGUGACCAACCUGUUCAUCCUAAACCUGGCCGUCAGUGACCUCCUGGUGGGGAUCUUCUGUAUGCCCACCACGCUCCUGGACAACAUCAUAACAGGGUGGCCUUUUGGAAGCCUGGUGUGCAAAAUGAGUGGCAUGGUCCAAGGAAUAUCUGUGUCGGCGUCUGUCUUCACUCUGGUCGCUAUUGCAGUUGACAGAUUCCGUUGCAUCGUUUACCCGUUCAAGCAGAAGCUGACCAUCUCCACAGCAACUUUGAUCAUCGUCAUCAUCUGGGUGCUCGCCAUCUCCAUCAUGUGUCCCUCCGGGGUGAUGCUGCAGGUCACCAAGGAGCAAACCAUCCGCGUUUUACUGGGCUACGACAACAAGACCAGCCCCUUCUACUGGUGCCGCGAGAACUGGCCCAAUCAGGAAAUGCGUAAAAUAUACACCACGGUCUUGUUUGCGAACAUCUACCUGGCGCCCCUCUCCCUCAUCGUCAUCAUGUACGCUCGCAUCGGGAUAACGCUUUUCAAAACGACGGUCCCGACGGGAGGUAAACCGGGCCACGACAACCGCCACACUGUGUCCAAGAAGAAACAGAGAGUCAUUAAGAUGCUUUUAAUCGUAGCGUUGCUUUUUAUUCUCUCCUGGUUGCCGCUGUGGACUCUGAUGAUGCUAAGCGACUACGCCAGCCUAACUGAACAACAGUACAGAAUCAUAAAUAUUUACAUUUACCCUUUUGCCCACUGGCUAGCCUUUUUCAACAGCAGCGUCAACCCUAUUAUCUAUGGAUUUUUUAAUGAGAAUUUCCGAAGAGGAUUUCAGUCCGUGUUUAAGUUUAGCCUGUGCACGGCCAACGGACAGAGGAGGAAAACAUACUCCCACAGGCUGCAAGGAAACUCAGUGCUGCCAGCAAACCAUGUGCAAACCUCUAUGGAACCCAUUUCUCUCAAUAGCCUGGAUAAGACUAAUUGCCGGAGACUGAACCACGUGACUGAACAGGACCUCGUCAUGGAGGACCUUGAGAAAGGAUCUUGCAGCAGUGGUGGCGUGACCGCGGUGUCUAUAUGAAUAUAUUCCCACCAAGGUGACGGGCAUAUUUGAAUUUCAGGAAAUUGUCUUUGUCAAAUCGAAUUAAGCUGUCCACU